AAGCGCCCUUACGCCUUCCGUUGGCUUGAGCUGCUACCAUACCGACGUCAGUGACUGAUUGUAUGCUAGGGUGAAGAUGGCGGAGGCAGCUGCGGCACAACAACACCGCUUUUUCUGUCACUGCUGUAAAGGUGAAAUCGACCCUAAAUUCCCAGAAUUCACUUGCCCCAGGUGUGAGUCCGAUUUCAUUGAGGAGUUGUCAGAAGACUCCAGUCUCUUGGAGAACAGCAGCACUGCAGAGGCCAAUGAUGAUGCAGGCACACUCUUUUCAGAGCUGUGGCAGCUGCUGUUUAUGGAACGCUCUGCCCUCCUCUCGGACCCCUCCGCCUAUGAGUCUGACCCGAGCCAACUACAGGCUGCCCCAGCCAGUGAUGCAGUGGAUGACGAACUGGAGGGCCCUUCUGUGGACCCUGUGGGCACAGAGCCUUUGGAGCCUGAACCGGAACGCCCCUCUCGCCCGCCUAGCCAGGGGAGGCGACAGUCCCGCGCGCCAGCAGUGGAGGGUAUUGUGCAGCAGUUUUUGGCUGGCCUGUUUGCCAACAAUGGAAAUCCAGGUGUCGCACCAGCUACACUGUCUGGCAUGUUCCAUUCAAAUCCAGGGGACUAUGCCUGGGGUCAGGGAGGUCUAGACGCAGUUAUCACAGAGUUGUUAGGUCAGUUUGAGAGCACAGGUCCACCUCCUGCAGAGAAGGAGAUGAUCUCAUCCCUCCCCACAGUCAACAUCUCUCAAGAACAGACAGACACAAGACUGGAGUGUCCAGUAUGUAGGGAGGAGUACUCCGUGGGAGAGUCUGUCAAACAGCUGCCCUGCCUCCAUUAUUUCCACAGUGACUGCAUAGUGCCAUGGCUCAAACUGCACGAUACAUGUCCUGUGUGUCGUAAAAGUCUUGACGGCGUCGACCAGAGCAUCCAGCCCCCACCAGAACCCCCAGAGCCCCCCCCUCCAUCAGGACAGACCCUCAGGGGGAGAGACGGGCUAUUUGAGAUCACUGUACAUUUCCUGGGGAACUGUGAUUGAGGUGAGAAAGAUCCAAUAUGCCUGCAAUAUAACCUCACCUGCAAAUGGUUCCAACUGUUUUCUGACAAAAUGUUAUGGAUUCAAUUUGUCCCUUCGUAGAGGCAUUUCACCUGUUCUGAAUGUCUAUUAAAAACAAAUGAACUGACAUCAUUGAGCCAUAGGGACGUGACAAAUGUGAUGAAAUUAGGAGAGUUUGGGAAAAUCCUGAAAGGUGAGCUGAACUCACUCUCUUGCAUUGUUGAUCUGGAUAAGAGAAUUUCCCUACUCUGUUCUCUCUGACCUGCUUUCUCCUGAAGGGUGUACUUGUUCACUUCAUGGAUUUGAAAGGAAAUUACUGGUAUAUGGAAACUCCUAGGCCAUGCCUAAACCAAUCCAAAGCUUUUACAUUUGUGGAGAGUCGUGAACGAAUGCAAACUUCGGGAGGAAGGAGAGGUUAUUGGGAAUGCAACCACAGGGAGAAUCUCAAUUGCAUACUUGCGUCCUCUCUACUUCUCAAAAUCCAUUGGAGGAGAGGAUCAGAGGGGCGGGAUCUUUGAAACUCUUCCCCCGUCUCCCACUUCCUCAUAUUAGUUAAUAAUGUCCACCUCUCUUUAUGUCCCCUAUUAAAGCCUAAUGCUGUGUUCUUCACACUAUCCACCUCCUUCCUGUUACAUUAUGCACUUUCCUAAUGCAUUAGUCUUUUACCUCUUUCUAUCAUUUUGAUUUUGAAUGAUAAGUACAAGUCACAGCAACAAAAAAAAAAACAUGUUUUUAAUAUUGAAUAUUUAAUAUUGAUUUGCCUAUAUAUGUAUUGGUAUGUACACUGCUCAAAAAAAUAAAAGGGAACACUUAAACAACA